AUGAGACCAGAGAACAAGCAGGAAGUUUCUGUACGGAACCAGAGCGAGAGAGAGAGAGAAAGAAUACAGAAGAACGCUUCCACGCCGGGUUCCACCGGAGGCUCAGCUCGUAUAUGGAAGAUGUUGAGAAUGGUGAAGCGGAUAUCGUGGGAUCAGAGGGUGUUUAGUCUCCUUUGUUCAGCUCUUCUCUGCCUUCUCCAGGUUGCUUCUGGUCUCAGUGACGACGACGUGCCGGUCUUCACCGAGGAGCCGCUCUCUGUGGUGCAGAAACUGGGGGGCAGCGUGACCCUGCGCUGCCGUGCCCAGCCCGCAUCCGCCCGCAUCACUUGGCGCCUGAACGGCCGCGAGCUGUUCGCCGCGGGUGACGAGGCAGAACCGGGUGUGUGGAUUCAGCCCGGCGCUCUCCAUAUCCCGGUUCUCUCCAAUACCACGCUGGGACGGUACCAGUGCGUGGCUAGUACCAGUGCCGGAGCCCGCGCCAGCCUGCCCGCCAACAUCACCGCAGCCAAGCUGCGUGAUUUCGAGCCCGAUGACCAGCAGGAGAUCGAGGUGGACGAGGGAAACACGGCGGUGAUCGAGUGCCACCUACCCGAGAGCCAACCCCAGGCUCAGGUCCGCUACAGCGUCAAGCAGGAGUGGCUCGAGACGUCCAAAGGGAACUACUUGAUCAUGCCGUCGGGGAACCUGCAGAUAGCGAACGCCACACAGGAAGACGAGGGACCUUAUAAAUGUGCUGCGUACAAUCCGGUCACCCAGGAGAUCAAGACCUCUACAUCUACUGACCGUCUCCGCGUACGCCGCUCGACGUCCGAGGCGGCGCGGAUCAUCUACCCCCCAGCCUCCAGAUCCAUGACCGUCCGUAAAGGCCACCGGUUGGUGUUGGAAUGCGUGGCUAGCGGCACCCCGACUCCUCAGGUCACCUGGGCGAAGGACGGUCGUGACCUGCGGCCCCAGAACAACACCCGCUUCCUGCUCAGCAACCUGCUGAUCGAUGCCGUGGGCGACAAGGACUCGGGCACGUACGCCUGCCACGCCCACAACGGCAUGGCCGCACCGGGCGCCGCCACCGUGCUGUACGAUGUACAAGUGAUCGAGCCUCCUCAGGUGCAGAUCGAGCCGCUGCCGCAGGAGCCCGUGUGGGGCGACACGAUCAGGCUCAGCUGCCAGGUUCGGGGAAAUCCGGCACCCAGCGUGGUUUGGCUCCACAACGCCCAGCCAAUCAGCACGUCGUCGCACCACCACCCCUCCUCGCAGUCUCUGCGCCUCAUCAACCUGGGGCCGCAGGACGACGGCGUCUACCAGUGCAUGGCCGAGAACUGGGUGGGCGGAGCUCAGGCUGCUGUACGGCUUCUCACGCUGCCUUCUGCACCCCCGCGGACAGGCCGGCUGCCCCUCAUUCGGCCCAUGAGCCCCGAUAAGGUUCUGCGCGAGCAGGCCCCGGGACGACCCGUGGCGCCCAGCAUGGAGCUUCUCGUGGACUGCUCGGAGAUUCCUGGAAACGUCUCGCCCGCCGAAGCUCCGGUCAUUCUCAGCCAGCCGCGCACCGGCACGGCGGACUACUACGAGCUCAUCUGGGCACCUCGGCAUGACGGUGGGGCGCCUGUGAUGGAGUACAUCGUCAGGUACAGAAAGGCCGGAGACUCGUUUGGGGAGUGGAUGAUAAAGAACAUCUCCGGUUUGGAAAACAAGCUCGUUCUGGCCAAGCUGCAGCCAGCCAGCCUGUACGAGGUCGAGAUGGCAGCUAAAAACUGCGCCGGACUGGGUCAGCCUGCUAUGAUGACCUUCAGAACCGGGAAAGGUCGGAAGAGUGUGGGCGGAGCGGCAGAACGGCCCAAGACUCCGGUGUCGUCACCGUCACGGCUGUCGCCCCCCGAAGCUCCGGACAGACCGACCGUAACCACGGCGUCCGAGACCUCGGCCUACGUGACGUGGAUCCCGCGCGGAAACCGCGGCUUCCCCAUCCAGUGCUUCCGGGUGGAGUUCAAAAAGCUGAGGAAGGAAGGAGGAGGCAGCGGCGAAUGGGAGGUGGCGGAGGACAACAUCUCCCCGACGCGCCUCUCGGUACAGAUCAAAGGCCUGGAGAAAGGGACCUCGUAUAAAUUUCGGGUUUUGGCGGUGAACGUGUUGGGGGCCAGUCCACCAAGCGCACCCUCCAAAGCCUACACGGUAAUGGGAAGCAGCCAGACCAACGCCCGGCCUGUGGACGGUCCCUACAUUACUUACUCUGAAGCCAUUAACGAGACCACCAUCAUUCUCAAGUGGACUUACAUGCCGGUGAAUAACACACCUAUUUACGGCUUCUACAUCUAUUAUCGACCCACCGACAGCGAUAACGACAGCGACUAUAAGAGAGACGUCGUGGAAGGUGACCGAUACUGGCACGCCAUCACCAGCCUGCAGCCUGAAACAGCGUACGACAUCAAGAUGCAGUGUUUUAACGAGGGAGGAGUCAGCGAGUUCGGGAACGUCGUCAUCCUAGAAACUAAAGCUCGACUCAAUCAGAAGCACACCACACCGGAGACGUCCUCCCAUCGGCCAGAGUCCGGCGGGCCCGUGCCACGCCCCAGCGAUUUACCUUACCUCAUCGUGGGCGUGGUUGUCCUCGGGGCGCUCGUCUUCAUCAUCGUGGCGUUUAUUCCGUUCUGUUUGUGGAGAGCCUGGGCCAAGCAAAAGCAAACUACAGAUAUGUGCUUUCCGGCGGUGGCAGCACCGGUGUCGUCUUGCCAGUACACCAUGGUGCCUAUGCAGGGCAUGGCUCUAGUAGGGCACUGUCCAGCAGACCCUCACCUGACCCCCGGCCAUUCAGUCUACGCUCCUAACGGAGAGUACGCAGCCAAUGGAAAGCACACGCAUUGCCUGCCUGGGCUGCAUCGAGAGGAUCCUAAUUGUGACCUGGAGACCGGCUCAUUUCUGCCCCAGAGACUUUCUAACGGAUAUCCACAUGCCUACCACUACUCUGUUGGUGUUCCUGGCCACGUGGAAGAGGAGAACUGCUGUGAACCCGACGAUUCCACCAUGGAGCUGCUGAACCCGGCUUUAGAUUUUCCAGAUCUCAGUCAGGAGCUUCAUACGCUCGCUGAUGAGCUGCAUUCAGAGCACGAGAUCACGGCAGAAUUGCCAUUGCUAACAGCUUUACAGUCCAUCGGCACAACGACGCCGGUGCAAGAGGACGUCCGAGAGAUCCAGAGCGACCGUCAGCUAGAGGAGCAUCAAAGACACGGAUGAGAAAAAAACCUUUAAAACAAAAAGAGAGAGACCGUAUUUAUUUUUGUAUCACAGAUCUUAUAUUUAUAUAUUUAUGCUCAUGUAAAUAGUUUUGUAUUCUGUAUAUAUGGAAUGUUUUAUAAGAGAUACGUGUAUUACUGUUUGCUCAUCAUCACCAGGAUAAAAAGAUGAACCCUAAAUCCGGUCAUUUUAGGGCUGCAUUCAUGAGAACGUCUUGAUAUUAUUUAUGAAGAUCUGUGCUGGUUUAUCUUGCAUCUCAGACUGUACAGUGUGGUGCUGUGAGGUUUGGGUUCGACCCAGAAAUGCUUAUAAGCUACAGGCCUCCUGCGUGCCUGACUUUUGGUGCUGGAUUGUACAGAUUUGGAUGCAUGUUUCCUUCACACCUUAAUCAUCUUGAUGUUUUUUAUGUAUCAAUGACUGACAAAUGUGCAUUUAGACAGAUGCUGAAUGUCUCCACAUACCUCAAACAGUGUUUUAUUUGUACCUACUUACCAUUUACACCAUUUAGAAUAACCGGUGAUGAUGAGCAACUCUGUCCAGUGUUCACACAUUCUGUAGAUAUCUCACUAAGAACUAUAUACUGUAUUUCCUCAUUAACAAAGUAUUAACAAUGUAUGCAAUGUAUACACACCUGCCUUUAGUAACACUCACUAUAAAUACUUCUAAAACCUAAACAGAAAACCUGGAAUGAACAGCUGCAUUAGAGUACACUUGAUUACCUGAUUUUAAUGAUCAGCAUGUAACUUUAUGGAGGAUUUAUGUGUAUUUAUGUGUGUUCAAACACAUAAAUUCAAACACACGAUUAUUUAAUGAAAUACAGACACCAGGAUUUUACAUGUUGCUCCUUAAAACAGGUUCUGGAAAUGGAAUGAAUUGUGAUUUAUUUUCCAUUAGAUUAUGUGGACUCAAGACUACAGAAUCAACACUACUGUAUCAGUAUUAGCUUCAUGACGGUGCUGAACUAUGAAACAAUGAAGGAAAACGAGCUCAUUUCGAAGUUUACCAAACUGUUGUGGUUACAUGACUUAAAGCACUAUUGCAUGUAAAUAAAGCGAAAGAA